CGAAAGGAUGCUUUAAAAUUUUCAACCAACCUGUCACCGGUCGUUAAAUGCACUGCACAGUUCUAGUCGCAGGCUUCCCUGCUAGCUCCAUGCACUACUACUAUAUGCAGCGUUUCGGCCUCGCAAAAUCUGCAGCAGCUUAAACCUUUCGGUUACGAAUCGCCCGCGGCGCCGUUCUAAACCGCUCACUCAUUUGAAACCCACCUUCCCACUGAAGGAAUGCAGGCAUGGGCUAAUAGAGGCAGCUAUUGCCUGUCAUGCACUCUACGGCCAUUUUUCCGUUCAGGGGUACGGACAUUUACCACGACACCAGCCCUUCAGAGAUCGAAGCGGUCAUCGAAGAAGGCGCAAGAGGCCAAGCAGACCAAGGCCGACACUGUAUUUACCCUCCUCUUCGCUUCUACAGUGACCCUUAGAUUACUAACUGACCACCUUUGGAAUAGUCUCCAGCCAGACCUUCCUUGCGUUCAUCUACAAGAAGUGGAAGGCAGAAUGUUACCACUCCUGACUUCUCGAUCAUCGUGGCGACUCUACUGCAGGAGAUAAAAAAAGAAUUAGCAGAGAGAUCCGAAUCGUCGUUGACUGGGUGGCAGAGAUUCGAACGCUAUGUGAUGAACGCAUGCAAGCUGGAGGACCGAGGAACCAGGGCCUUGGGCACUUUACGGCAGCUGAAGCUCACAUUACAAAAGGCUUACAUAAAUUCCGGUACCAAGGGCCUAAGGGCUGAGCUAGAAUAUCUCCUGUAUGCGGAGGAUGUCACUUCGAAGUACUCUGUGCCCAACUUAGAACAGCAGGCGAGAGUGGCGGAUAUGCGUUUCCCAGCAGAGUGGUAUCCACAGGCGCGCUCCAUACAACGGACAAUACAUCUACACGUUGGGCCAACGAACUCGGGAAAGACUUAUCAGGCUUUGAAACGACUCGAGGCUAGCAAAAGUGGCUUCUAUGCUGGCCCCUUAAGAUUACUUGCGCAAGAGGUAUACCAUCGGUUUACAGCCAACGGAACCACAUGCAGCCUUGUCACGGGUGAUGAUGUCAAGAUCCCUGAGGUCGGGGUUUCACCAAUUGUGAGCAAUACGGUUGAGAUGGUUAAUUUAGGGCAAACGUAUGAUGUAGGAGUCAUCGAUGAAAUCCAAAUGAUCGGUGAUUCCAGACGCGGAUGGGCCUGGACGCGUGCUGUUCUUGGCGCGCGUGCUAAGGAGCUUCAUCUCUGUGGCGAGCAAAGGGUUGUUCCUUUGAUCCGGCAAAUCGCCGCUCUUACGGGAGACAAGCUCGAGAUUCACCGCUAUGAGCGACUAAAUCCUCUAAAGGUUAUGGACCGAAGUCUGAGGGGCGACCUGAAGAAUCUUCAAAAGGGGGACUGUCUGGUGGCCUUUUCUCGCCUUGGAAUACACGCCUUAAAAGCAGACAUUGAAAAGGUCACUGGGAAACGAGCAGCGAUCGUGUAUGGAAGCUUACCAGCCGAAAUCCGUACUCAGCAAGCCAGUCUCUUCAAUGACCCCAACAAUGAGUAUGACUAUUUGGUUGCUAGUGAUGCUAUUGGUAUGGGUCUCAACCUGAGCUGCAAGCGUGUGAUCUUCGAAACCCUGGUGAAAAGGGUGCCGGGUGGUCUUGUGAGGCUUUCCGUGCCUGAAAUUAAACAGAUUGCAGGACGCGCUGGUCGCUAUCGGUCGGCUGCUCAACAGGGAAAUGGAAACUCUGCCGAGGAUGACGGGACAAACGUCGGUUAUGUGUCAUCCCUAGAAGAGGUAGAUCUUCCUUAUAUCCACCAGGCAAUGGCAAUUGAGCCCCCUCCGAUCACUGCAGCUGGUCUGUUCCCCCCCGAACCUAUUUUCCAGAACUUCGCUGCAUACUUCCCACAGAGCAUUCCGUUGGAAUACAUUAUCAAACGUGUUAUAGAAGUCUCUCAAGUCCAUCCUUUGUUUUUCAUGUGCGACCCUCAUGGACAGUUAAGUAAUGCCGAGGUCAUAGACACUGUGAGCGGCUUGAGAUUCGAGGAUCAGAUGACUUUUAUGGCUGCUCCUAUGCAUACCCGGGAUAUCUCCUCGCGCGGUGUUGCCUGUGCAUUUGCGCAGUGUGUCGCCGAGCAUUCAGGAGGUCGCUUGCUGGACAUACCGGACUUAAACUUGGAGGUCUUGGAAGAGCCCGUGUCCGGAAACAAGGAAUACUUGCACGAUUUGGAGAUAUUGCACAAGUCUGUAAUCCUGUACUCGUGGCUCAGUUUCCGUUUCGGUGGAGUCUUCACAGACCGAACUCUUGCCGCCCAUGUGAAGGAGUUAGUCGAGGAGAGGAUGGUCAGGGCGCUGACUGAAUUCUCUGCUAACAAGAAACUGAGAAAGGACGCCUCACUUCGCCGCCAGAUCGCUUUGCAGAAGCAGAUCCAGGACCAUAAACGUUUACUUGCUGAAGCAGAUUUUGACUCUAUCGAGAGUGAAGACACGGCCUCAAUUGAUCUCUCCACUGAUAAUAACUCUUUAGAAAGGAUUGGUCCGGAGGCGCAAGCUGCAUAAUAUACAGUGCCUUCUUGAUUCUUAUAUCAUGAGUCUCGUUUGGACAAAUCAUCGCACUUUUCUCCCCUCUAGACUUUCUAGUCAUCACGAUGCAGCGGGAACGAUACAAGCUAAAGCUUUAUCGUACGGACUGAAUGAUACACGGUCGUUAUUGGACGAUAGGAACUGGAUCUAGGUGUACCAUAUAAGUGUAAAUUAAUUGUAUAUUAAAUCAGUACAUAGAAUCAGGGCGUGCAAAAAAUCAAGGCAAAUAACCAUGAUUUAUAGAUAUGCUCCGUAACCACCAUCUCAAUACAAGUUGGCUUAUCUUAUCAGUGGCAAGUGGU